GAAAGACUUCAAAAAUAACUUGUUUUUUUAAUUCAUAACAUUUUUGUUAACUAAAAUUAACAGAUUUUCCUGUUUACCAUGGCUGCUAAUAUAGCUGCAGUGGCUACCGCUGCCCAGGAGGUGGAUCCUGUACUCAAAAAGGCUAUCAAGUUGCUGCACUCCAGCAAUCCCACAUCGGCAUCUGAGUUGCGUUUGCUCUUGGAUGAGGCUUUUAAGGCACGAUAUGGCCCAGAGAAGAAUCUGACCAACAACAUGUCCCAGCGCAUGAAGGACGACGAGGCUGUUUUCCCGGGCAGAGCUGCCACUCCGCCGCAACCCAUCAACACGGAUGAAAUCAUAAAUUUGACAAACUCUCCGGAUAAGGAGCCCUCCGAUUCGGUGGACACCAUCGCCGACUCCGAUGAUGGCCUAAGUGCAGCGGGAAUAGUUAAUACAGGCGACACGGGAGACUUUGGCGACCUGAACUGUUGCGUUUGCGGAGAAAUGGUGUUCACGGCCACUAACCGGUUGAUCGAGUGCUCCAAGUGUGGCACCAUGUACCAUCAGGAGUGCCACAAGCCGCCAAUUACCAAGGAGGAGGCAGCCGACGAUCAGGAGCAAACCUGGCAAUGUGACAAUUGUUGCAACAAACCCAGUGGCAGCAGUCGGGCAGCUUCAUCGACUGCAGCGGUGACACCUACGGUCUUUAUCGCCGACGAACCCCUGGGCUCCAUGCCACUCACCAGCAAAACCAAGUCCUCGGUGGCAUCUUCCCGUUCAUCCACUUCGUCCAAUUCCUCGUCGCCAUUCUACAGACCAGAACCCAGCAGCUCAACCAAUGCCAGCAGCAGUAGCAGCAGCAAACAUGGUCACAAGUCAUCAUCCUCAUCCUCGUCCAAGUCCCACAAAGAAGACCGCCCUAGCAAGUCCUCAGGAACGCUAAGCGGGAUUGGAAGUGUAGAUAAGCACAGCGGCAGCGGAACCUCCUCCUCGCGUCGCAGUUCCAGUGCCAAGUCAAGUUCCAAGAGCAGCUCGUCCAAGCACCACGAAAGUGGCGGAAGCAAACGCAGGUCGAAACAAUAAAAGAUUUAGGAUUUAAGAUUUACGUAAAAAAAAGCAGUGAAAGCUUUUUAUUUUUCUAAACAAAAUAUUUUCUGAAAAAUUUAACUU